GUCUGGCCACCAUGCCACCUCCUCUCCGCCUCUUCUUCCUCCUCUUCCUUACUCCUGUGAGAGUCAGGCUCCAGAAACCACAGCUGGUGGAGGCUAAAGAGGGAAGCAGUGCUGUGCUACCAUGCCUCAAGGGUUCCUCAGAUGGUUCCCCCCAUCAGCUGGCCUGGAAUCGGGAGUGCAAGUCGGCAUCCUUGUUACAGAUGAGUGCAGGGCUGCCAGGCCUGGGCAUCCAGGUGGGGCCCCUGGGCAUCCUGCUGCUCAUCUCCAACAUCUCUGACCAGAUGGGGGGCUUCUACCUGUGUCAACAGGGAUCCCCUUCCGAGCAGGCCUGGCAGGCUGGCUGGACAGUCAGUGUGAACGGCAGCGGGGAGCUGUUCCGGUGGAAGGCUUCAGACCUAGAUGGCCCAGGCUGUGACCUGGGGAAUAGUUCCUCAGAGAAGCCCAGGCUUUCUUCUGGUCUCACCACAAGCUCUCAGCUGUAUGUGCGGGCCAAAGACCACCCUGAGAUCUGGGAGACAAACCCUGCAUGUGCCCUACCUAACGGCAGUUCUAACGAGAGCUUCCACCGAGACCUUACUGUGACUUCUGGCUCCUCACUCUGUCUAUUCUGUGGGGUGCCCUCUGCCUCCGUGUCCAGAGGCCCCAUCUCCUGGAUCCACGUUCACCCCAAGAAGCCUAACAUCUCAUUGCUGAGCCUAAACCUGAGUGAGGAUGCCACAGUCAGAGAGAUGUGGGUCCUGGGCACACUCAGAGGAGGGGCUGUUCUGUGGCUGCACCGGGCCAAAGCUCAAGAUGCUGGCACCUAUCAUUGUUACCAUGGCAAUACAACCAUUAAGAUGCAGCUGAAGGUCACUGCCCAGUCAGCAAUAAGGCAUUGGCUUCUGGAGACUGGUGGCUGGAGAGUCCCUGUUGCGACUUUAACUUAUCUGAUCUUCUGCAUGGGUUCCCUGGCAGGCUUUCUUUAUGUUCGAAGAGCCCUGAUCCUGAGGAGGAAGAGAAAGCGAAUGACGGAUCCCACCAGAAGGUUCUUCAAAGUGACUCCUCCCCCGGGAAGCGGGGCCCACAACCAGUACGGAAACGUGCUGUCUCUUUCCUCGCCCACCUCUGGCACGGGACGCGCCCUACGGUGGGCUGCAAGCCUGGGGGCCGCCGUCACGUCCUACGGAAACCCGCGCGGCGACAUCGAGGAGGCCGGAGCCGAGGGGUCCCAGAGACCGACGGGAGCGGGCCCGGAAGAAGAAGGGGAAGGCUACGAGGAGCCGGACAGUGAGGGGGGCUCCGAGUUCUACGAGAACGACUCCAAUCUUGGGCAGGACCAGCUUUCCCAGGAUGGCAGCGGCUAUGAGAACCCUGAUGAUGGCGCCUUAGGUCCUGAUGAAGACUCCUUCUCCAACGCAUCUGAUUCCUAUGAGAAUGAGGAUGAAGAGUUGGCCCAACCAGUCACCAGCACAAAAGACUUCCUGAGCCCCCAUGGGACGGCUUGGGACCCCAGCCGAGAGGCAGUCUCCCUUGGGUCCCAGUCUUAUGAAGACAUGAGAGGAAUCCUGUAUGCUGCCCCCCAGCUCCGCUCCCUUCGGGCCCAGCCUGGUCCCAGUCAUGAGGAAGAUGCAGAUUCUUAUGAGAACAUGGAUAAUCCCGAUGGGCUAGAACCAGCAUGGGGAGGACAGGGCCUCAAGGGGACCUGGAGCACCCGGUGAUUCCCUUCGGCCUGGGCCUCCUCAGGCUCCUGAAAUCCACACUUGACUGAAAUCUGGGGGCCCCAUGCAGACGAUGUCAACCUCUGGAGCAAUGUCGCUCAGGAUGGGUGUAUCUGUGUGUGUUCGUGUACACAAGUGAAACUUCCAGUCCUCUUUGCACUACCCAAAUAAACUCCAUGAGCUCUUCCAA